AUGUCGCUCGCACUCAAAGAGCAGGGCUACGUUGUUAUGCCCUCCCGUCCGCCUCAGACGCCGGUCAGUGUAGUCAUUCAAAGUCUGCUGCUAUGCUUCCGAUCGCUUUCACGUGCCAAGGCGCUUAAGAUCACUAUACCGUACUCAGAGUCUGCGGAACAGCUGUUAAACGCAUGCUCCAAAGCGUUGCAUGAAGGCCUCGAAACACCAACCAUCGAUUACAAGAAGACGUACAGUGGGCGCGAAUGGGUCCGAGACGACUGGACAGCGUACAACAUCAACGACUAUGAUGAGACCACCUUACCUGUUGCGUGGAAUCCACUCGUUAGCGAUCCUCCUCCAGCUUACGUCGAACACGAUGGAACGGCGGCAAUAGGUAAUCCCACCAAGGCUCAUCUCAAGCAUCCCGACUUCUCCCAUCAGCCUCGCCAGAUGUCCCCCUCGAUCCCGGACACGGAGUCCCCGUCCUUCAGCCCGCCGCCCGUCACCCCGGCAGCGUCCCACACCCUCGGCAAGCGCAAACGCUCACACGAAGACGGCUCAGCGGAGUCGCCGUCACCCUCUCUUCCCGAAGAUCGGAGAAAGAUCCGUUACUCACACCCACCCCGUCAAACCUCCUCCUCACUCGCCGACACCUUGCUUCCGUCCUCCAUCUGCUCGCUGCCCGCCACCUUGCCCUUAUCAAGCCUCCUCGGCGAGCUUCCAGCGCAAGACCGCUCCUCGCCCUUGCCUGCAGAAGAAGGCCUCCCCAUUCUCCCCCACCGCCGCUUUCGCAUUAGCAAACGCUCCGCCGUCGGCGCCGGUCCCAACAGUGCCCUCUUCGACACCGGCCAGUGGCAUCUCUUUAACAACGCCCUGACAUGGCUGACUACUGCUUGGGAUGUGCUUCCUGCCGCGCAUGCCGUCUUCCUGCCCGAGCUACGAACGCUGGCGCAUGCGAUCCGUGAGUGCGAUAAGGCUACAUUUAACCAGACGAGGGUCAAGUGCAUGGUGGACCUGGUGCGGCGCGAGAGGGCGGCACCGUGCAGGGGAGAGGGAUUGUGGGAGAGGGAGGGAGGACAUGGGGAGAGAGUCGAGGAGGUGACGAGGUGGUUAUAUCAGCACGUAGGAGCCGAGGCGGACACGGCGGUGGUGCAUGAGUUGCUCGCGUUGGAUGAUAUGGUGAGGUUUUUGGAAAUGGCGGAGAGGGGGGAGGACAGGAGGGAGGAGGAGCUUUGUAGGAGGGGGCUUGUUAUUCAGAUGGGAACGUGCAUUAUGGUCGCGCUAUUUAAGACUGAUUAG